AUGUCGGAGGCAACAAUAGGAGGCAAAUUCACUUGGUUUAAUAGUAAUGAUAAAGCUAUGAGUCGGAUUGAUAGAUUCCUUCUAUCAGAAGAAUUUAUAGAAGAUUGGAAGGUGGAAGGACAAAUUAUUGGAGAAAGGGGCAUUUCCGAUCAUGCUUCGAUUUGGUUGAAAGUUAAUAGAAAGAAUUGGGGACCUAAACCUUUUGAAUUCAACAACUCUUGGUUCAAUCAUGAAGAUUUCUCCUCUUUUGUGAAGAAGAAGUUGGCAACCAUAAGUAAAAAGGGGAGAGGUGAUUUUUGCUUGGUAGAGAAGUUGAAAGUUCUUAAGGAGCGGAUAUCUUCGUGGAACAAAGAGGUUUAUGGUUGGAUCGACCUUAACAUUGAGAAAGUCGGGGAGGAGAUGCAACUUUUAGAUAACUUGUUUGUUCAUUUUGCGGGUAAUGUUCCGGAGGAGGUGGUUUUGAAGAUAUCUAAGGCGAUGGCGAAUUUUUGGGAUAAUCUUAACAAAAAGGAAAGUAUUCUCCGGCUUAAAUCUAGACAACUUUGGUUAUCUGAAGGAGAUGAUUUCUUUAAGGAGGAAGUUGGUUGUAGGCCGGAGCCUAAUGGAAUUAGUCUGAAUUCUUUACUGCCGAAUGAAUCAAUGGAGAUGGAGAGGCCGUUUUCGAAGGAAGAAGUUAAGGAGGCUAUUUGGUCGUGUGACGGGAACAAAAAUUCGGGCCCAGACGGUUUCACUCUUGAGUUCUUCAAGAGAUUUUGGUCUUUUCUAAAAGGGGAUUUAAUGGCUCUUUGUAAUGAUUUCCAUUCUAAAGAAAUAUUGGUGAAUUACUUAACAUUAUUUGGACAAAAACACAAGAAGGAGAACUGGUUGAAGUUAAAGUUGGACAUUUUUUGUGGCAAGAUGAACAAUGAACAAAUUGAAGCAAGAGGAAUCUGA